AUGGGAAAACCCGAUACCAAUGCCUUGGACUUUGGCUUGACUCCAUCAGCGACCGGGGCUACGCCCACCAUCCUCGCACAGCCACAGUAUGCACCUCCGACGAAGAGCGACUUGUCUUGGACACUCUUCAUGAUCUAUGCGUGCAGCUUCUUGGAGGGUGCGGACGUUCAACUUCUUCCAGCAUCCUACCGAGCCAUCGAAUCAGAGCUUGGCCUUUCGCCCAGCACUUUGGCAGCCGCGAACUUGUUCCAGGGCAUUACCCUGGCAAUCUUCUCAGUUUUCUGGGGCGUGCUCUCCGACAACGGCAUCCUUGCUCCCCAUCAAAUUCUCUAUGGAGGUUGCACAGCAUGGGGCAUUUUGACUCUCUUAACAGCCGCAAUUAACGACACAAGCUGGAUCCUUAUCAUCAGGCUCUUCAACGGUGUGGCGUUGGCAACUCUUUCUCCUACCACGCAGUCCCUGAUCGCCAGCGUAGCCCCACCGCAGGAGCGAGGUCGCUACUUCUGCUGGCUCGGCUUCAUGCUUGGCCUGGGCGCGAUGUUUACAGCAAUCAUGACGACAGCGAUCUCUAACAUGGUUUUCUAUCCUGGCAUCAAAGGAUGGCGCGUGGCAUUCGCAGUGAUCGGUGUGGUGAGUGUUGUUCUUGGGCAAUUCGUGAAACGCUUCGCAGUGCUCCCAGCAGAUCUGGCCCAGUGGGAAGAGAAGAUUGACAAGGAGAAGAACGAGCCCGAGACACCUGGCCAAGAACCUCUGAGCUUCACCAACGAGCUGAAGACGAUGAUGCGCUUCUUCGAGGUGUGGUCGUUUUCUGUCAUCGUUCUCCAGGGCUCUUUCGGAUGCAUCCCUUGGUCUGCCAUGGCCUUCGGGACAAUGUUCCUGCAGUACAGUGGCGUUUCCGACCUCACCGCAGGGUGCAUCUCCAGCGUCAUGCUCUUGUGCUCGUCCUUUGGAGUGUUAAUUGGCGGAUAUGUCGGGGACCACAUGAAUAGGUGGAGCCGAUUUCAUGGCCGGCCCUUCACUGCUCAGAUCGCGACUGGAGUCGCCGUUCCCACAGCCGUUAUCUUCUACACAGUCUUGCCACGUAGUCCUGACAGCGUGGGAGCUUGGUUCAUACUCGUGAUAGUCUUCGGCCUCGUGUGCACUUGGUCAGAGUUCGGCGUGAACCGACCUAUUUUGACGGAGGUGGUCUCCGUGAAGCAUCGGGCUAGGAUUCUUGGAGUGAUGUGUGCCAUUGCCGGCUCUGCUGGAGCGAUGGGUGGGCCUUUAGUCGCCCUCAUCUCCGAGCAGUGGUUUGGCUACAAGACACAGCACCGUCCCCUCAGUGAAGUGCCCGAGGACGUCCGGAGGCAUAACGUGAACGCACUGGGACUGGGUCUCACGGUGAUGUGCGCAGUGCCGUGGACCAUCUGUUUCCUUGCCUACGGCGCACUACAUUGGACCUAUGAGGCUGAUCUGUCCAAGCUUCACCGCUUCGAUGUGCAGACACCUCUGAACUCGAAGAGGGCUACACAAGCUCCAAAUCCUCCGCAACAGUUCGGGUAUGGACAGGCAUACGGACAGCACCAGGGCGGAGGCACCUUUGGUGUGCCGGUCAACCCGGGCUUCGGCCAGGGCCAGCCCUAUGGCCAAGGCGGUGCAUACAGCUUCGGGCAGCAAGCUCAGCAAGCUCAGCAAGCACGCGGAGCCUACUCCUAUGGCGGCCAGCAGCCAGGCUACGGCCAGCAGCCAGGCUACGGCCAGCAGCCAGGCUACGGCCAGCAGGCAUACAGCCAGCAGCAGGCUUACAGCCAGCAGCAGGCUUACAGCCAGCAGCAGGCCUACGGUCAGCAGCCGGCAUAUGGCCAGCCAGUGCAGUACCAGGCACAAGGCUAUGCGGGGCAGAACUAUGCUUACAAUCAGCCCUCUACUUGGAGAAUGUUUCGUGGCAUGGUCUUCACAUCUGCAGCGGAUCGAUGGAAGAGUUUCCGCAGAGGCGCUCCGGCAGUCCUUCGGAAGUCUUGGAACAUCCCCGUCUGCCACUUUGACGACAUCUCCAGCUCCGAUGGCCGAUGCUUGCGCCUCCAAUCCGCUGUUUGCAAAGCUGCACAGUGCGUUGCAGAAGCUCGCCCUUCUCGAGCAGGACCCUGUCGAGGCGUCGUAUCAGAUCCACGAGGCCUGGGAAGAGAACCCGGCGUUGUUCGAUGCCUGCCCUGCUGGGGUGGUGACGGCUUUAGUAUAUCUUUCCAUAGCGCAGGACAGAGACUGGAAGUACAGACUUCUUCACCGAGCCACCUACAUGCUGUACGCAACGCCCGGGCUAAUGUCCAAGAUGGCCGCGCCCUCUGCAUGAACGACGACGUCAAUCACGAGUCACCAGUGACUGGUGCCGCGUCAGCACGUUUGCUAGGAGUCCGGCUGAUUAGAACCAUGUACCACAACUCGGAGGUGCUCCUCAAAGUCAGACUGAUGGCCAUCGCUGGCCGAAGGGCAGCGCUCAGCUUUCGUCAGUGUCAGGUGGAGCCUGGUCCAACAGCGGCCUCUCCGGCAGGUGGUCCUGGUAUGGGCGAAGCCGUGGACCUCGGAAUGAGGCAUCGAGACUCAGUGGCGGUUCAUUUCACCACCGUCCUGUUCUAUCAUUUCUACCAUCAGGAGCGAUCCCCAUGUGCGUGCCGCACGCGCUCUUGGUGCCUGCCGUUCUGGACAAGGUACGUGACCAACAGCUCAGUCGAUGUGUGGCUCGCAGCCCGCGAUGAGCAGAAGACGCUCUAUCGGAUGGACCGUAGCGGAUGCCUUCGCAACUCUGGGCACAGUUUGGCAUCAAAUCACUUUGCGGAUCCCAUUGACCUGAUGUUUGUCUUCGAAAUCAACGCGUUGAUGCAUCCCAUGACACGGGUGAUGCCGGCACGCCGGGUUCUGCUAUACCCCACGUACGAUCUGUCAGAUGAUCAAAUCUCGAAUUUCGAGGACCUUGGUGUUUCUGUGCUGCCAGAUGAUGCCAUCCUGAAGCCGCCGAAUCCUUCGUUUAGAAAGACGCUGGAUGAGGCCAUCAUGCAGAGGCAGCGCCGCCUUCAGAGACCCAAGGACAAAUUGCUGAUUUUCCCUGCAGAUAUCCGGCCGAUCAAGGGGCAGCUGGACUUCCUCUCCGGGCUGCUCUUCGAAGGGGCCAGGAAGCCAUCCGCUGUCCAGCGCCUGCGUGGGCUCACUAUCGUCGUGGCCGGUGGCUGUGAUGGGAACCAGACCUACUGCAAUGAGGUCGUGACGCUGACGCAAAAGAUCAAUGCGGAGAAGCUGCUCAACGUCGUCGUGGCAGACCAGCUCAAGGACGAAGAGCUUGCACAGCUUUUCACAGCUUCCUUGGGAAUUGUCCUGCAUUCGGUGAUUGACUGCAACCCUCGAGUGAUCUACGAGGGGCUGGUCACCGACACCCCCUUCUACGUCACGGAGUCCACCCGUUUGCCGCCUUUAGUACAACACCUCGGUCACGUCACAGACGGAGACCCUGCAAUGGUUGCCGAGCGGUUGGCAGACUUUGUUGAGCUUUGCGAGGCUGGCGGCUUUACAGGCCGUCCAAGAGAGUUUGCUCGCAGGCACUUGACCGAGGCUGACAUCUACCGGAAAAUGGUGGAGUGGAUGGAUCAGAAGUAUCUGAGUGGCGUAGAGUCUCAGCCCAUCAUCCGUGGGGAGGAAGCUCUCGACAGCUUCGGUGGUGGCCUGGGCAACAUCCUGGGAGGAGCUGGCCUCGGGGGUCUUGGCGGCCUCGGGGCGAUGGGAGGUGGGACUGCCUCUAAAGGUGGAGCAUUCGGAGGAGGAGCCGGCGCAGGCUUUUCCAUCAAGGAGCCAGUGCGGAGGUAG